AAUACAAGUACGUGAAGCAAGAGAAAAACUAAAAUCAGACACAACUGAAGAACACCUGUCAUCACUUGCAGACAUUUUAGAAAAGGGAAAGGAUGACAUAAUGAAACUCUACACUGACAUAAGAGGUCAUGUAGCUCCAACAGUCAAUUUGAGACAAAAAAUUGAUGCAUGCGAAGCUGUAACUAGUGACAUCAUCAAAAUCAUAUAUAAGAGACUAACUGGUGUUGAUGGAGAUUUUGAUGCUGAAUAUGAAAGAUGUCGUUUACGCGAGCUGCUAGAUCGUGACUAUGCGCUCUCCAUUUAUGGUUCCACUGCAGCACAAUCCAGUAACACACAUCACUCCUCAGCUUCAUAUAUCGCAUCAAAACGGGCUGAUGCAGCAGCAGAACUGGCAGCAAAAGAAGCUGAAUACAACAUCGCGCUAGAGGAAAGAAAGCAAAGAGAAAAGAUAAAGGCUUUAGAAGAGCAACACAAGAGAGAACUUGAAAUCCAAAAAUCCGAAUUGGAGCGUCUGCAAGCUGAAAGGGAAGUGGAAGCAGCUCGAGCGAGAUUGGAAGCUUAUGACAGAGAAAUACUGCAAAUUAGUGAUGUCCAGUCAGUCAAAGGUGAGCAGAGGAGCCCAGAUUCUGUCCCUCAGCCUUCUGCAUCACACUCACCUAACAUAUCCACGUCAUCUGCAUCUCCUGCAGUUGCUCAACUAGCACAAGCCGUCCAGGACAGUAUAACACUGAGCAGACUUCCCAUGCCAGAACCAACAGUAUUCAGUGGCGAGCCAAUCCAUUUUAUUGAAUGGAAAACCUCCUUUAUGUCACUGAUAGACCAAAAGGGUAUUUCUACUGCUGAUAAACUUUAUUACUUGAAAAAAUAUGUCACUGGCCCCGCUCGCAAGUGCCUGGAAGGCACCUUCUUUAGAAAUGAUGAAGAAGCUUACCAAGAUGCCUGGAAAAAACUUAAUCAACGAUAUGGUCAGGCAUUUGUUAUUCAAAGAGCAUUUAGAGAGAAGCUAUCCAACUGGCCAAAGUUACAAUCCAAAGAUCCUGAGGGAUUAAGGAACUUUGCCGACUUUGUAAAUGCCUGCCUGCUAGCCAUGCCUCAUGUAAAAGGUUUGGAAAUACUGAACGACUGUGAGGAAAAUCAAAAACUGACACAAAAACUUCCUGACUGGGCAGCUGCCAGAUGGAACCGCCAUGUUACAAAGGCCUUAAUGGAAGGCAAAGAGUUUCCCAGUCUCAGUGACUUUGCUGCAUUUCUGUUGCUGGAAGCAGAAAUUGCCUGCAACCCAGUCACGUCCAUCUCUGCUCUCCAUUCAUCCGAGUCACGCAGUGAUAGAGGGAACCUGAAGGACACAAAAAGAAACAAGGCAAGUGUCUUUAACACCAAAACUCACAUCCACUCCACAAGUGUCCACACUUUAUGAAACGGUCACUAGCAGAGAAAAGGACAUAUGUGAAGGACAAUAAGCUGUGUUAUGGCUGUUUGAAGCAAGGCCACAGUGCAAGGGACUGUCGACGCCGCCUCACAUGUGACACUUGUUUGAAAAGGCACCCUACCUGCCUUCAUGAUGACGGUUACAUCAAAGACACAAAGGGAGAAAGGCACGUGAGUGUAGAAAAUGCAUCACAAAGCAAUAUAUCAGAGAUAACCACUGCUGUGUCACUCAAUGUUGCUAGAGAUGGACAGACUGCCAGUACUUCAAUGAUUGUGCCAGUGUGGGUGUCAUCUAAUGCAAACCCAUAUAACGAAAAACUUGUCUAUGCCUUAUUAGACACUCAAAGCGACACUGCUUUCAUUGAUCAAGAACUGUGUCAUGAGCUUCAAGUGGGUGCAAGUCCAGUGAAACUGAAACUAACCACUAUGA